GUUGGCUUCAGCGAAGCGGGAGGAGAGGGGGGCGUGCCGAAGAUCGGUUCCGGCAGCCAAUCGGGGCGUUCCGUUCCUUUUUGACGUCACAAUCCCUAGAACCUGCAGCGGCGACAACAAUAACAAUACCAGGCGGGGAUCGUUCCCCGGAGUCGAGCGGUCGGGGCGGGGGGCCUGACCGGAGCGAGCCGUGAAAACAGCGCGUCCGGCGGUAGCGCUUGCUACUGUCAGCGGAGUCGGAGAGGAGCAACCCAGCAAGCAAUUCAGGAGGGAGCCCGAAAUAGAAGCGCCUCUUUCCUGGCAGCGAUGGCCUCGAGCGAGCCCUCGGGGCUGCAAGAAGAGAAUCUGCAGGGUUCCUGGGUAGAACUGCACUUUAGCAGCAAUGGGAACGGUAACAGUGGCCAGCCAGCCGACCAGGAACAAGUUCCUGCUUCAGUUUCUAUUUAUAAUGGUGACAUGGAGAAAAUUCUUCUAGAUGCCCAGCAUGAGUCUGGAAGAAGUAGCUCGCGAGAGAGCUCACACUGCGACAGUCCACCACGUUCCCAGACACCUCAGGAUGUUCACAGAACUUCAGAAGUGGAGAGUCGUGCCAGCGGAGAAAAGAAUAGUUCUCAGUCUGAAGAAGAUUUUCUGGAAAGAAGGAAAGAAGUUGAACGGCUUCUGAAGAAAAAUUCAGAUUGGAUGUGGGACUGGUCGAGUAGGCCUGAGAAUAUCCCCCCCAAGGAAUUUCUCUUUAAACACCCUAAGCGCACAGCUACACUCAGCAUGAGAAACACAAGUGUGAUGAAGAAGGGGGGCAUAUUUUCUGCAGAAUUCUUGAAGAUUUUCUUACCCUCUCUGCUGCUCUCCCAUCUGCUUGCCAUUGGAUUAGGGAUUUAUAUUGGAAAACGGUUGACAAUCACAGCUUCCAGCAGCUCCUUGUAAAAAAGAAAUGAAUUCAUCUCUUUUGCACAUCAUGACAAAAUUCAUCCAGACAUAUAAAGUAGUGGAACAGAACGGAAGAAACUUCCAAAUGUAUAAUCAUAAUAUGGCGAUGUAUGUUUUAUUGUGUAAAGGCCUCUUGCAAAAAGAAAGGAAGAAAACCCAACUGCCCAACUGCUUCUAUAUGUAAAUUCCUAUUUGCACGGUUUAAUAUAGUGUAGCUUAGAUCAGGAGUGGGGAACCAGAACUACAACUUCCAGCAAGCUCCAACUUUGGGCCAGUAACAAAGGAUAUUGGGAGAUGUUGUUCAGCAUGUGCAAUGGCCCACAUUUCAUUAUCCCUGCUUGAAGAUUUUUCUUUGUUGCUAUUAUUGCAAGAACGAACACUGUAGCAGGAAAAAAAAAUUCACUGUUGACAUUGGGGAAGGAAUUAAUAUACAAUUUGUUUUUGUGUAGUUGUGAAAAGACUCGUAAUGAUUAGUUGUGAAAAAGACACAACUGUAAUUUCAAAAAAAGAAAGUCACGGUCAACAAAAGUCAAAUGGCUUUACAUUUAUUAAGAGUACAGUUUUACUACUUGAGAUGAAAUGAAUUAGUGACAUGAUUUGAAAUGUAAACAUGAAUCAGUGUAGAGUGUUUUGGUAUGUGUAAGUCUUAAUAUGGCAUCUUUUCUUUAUGUUUCCAAUGAAAGUUUGUAUGCAGCUGUUGGGACAAUGAUUUAAUAAUAA